AUGCCUUUCUACCAAGAAGACGAGAUAAAGGCCUACAUCAGUGGGGGCCAUGCCUUCGUCAAGACCAACUUUGACCUGACCGUCACCUUUGAUUGGAACAGCUACAUCCAAGUCGUCGUACCCAACACCUAUGCCAACGCCACUUGUGGCCUCUGUGGCAACAACAACAUGAACCCCAACGAUGACUUGGCCAUGAAGAACGGGAGCCAAGCAGCCAGCAUUUCCCAAUUUGCAGAGAGCUGGAAGGUGGCCGAAGUCCCUGGUUGCUCAGUGGGAUGCACUGGGGGCGAUUGCCCAGCAUGUGAGGAGGCACAGAAGGAGAUCUACAAGGAUGACCACCACUGUGGGAUGCUCACCAAAAACGAUGGACCAUUCAGGCAAUGUCACGGAACCAUUGACCCCACACCUUACUUUGACAAUUGUGUCUUUGACACCUGUCAGUACCAUGGCCAACAUGACACUCUGUGCAAUGCCAUCAGUACCUAUGUGGCAGCCUGCCAGGCCCUGGGCAUCCAGAUUGACCAAUGGAGAUCAGACACUUUCUGCAGUCCCAGAUGCUCGCGUGACUCUCACUACGAACUCUGUGGAAAUGGCUGCCCUGCCACCUGCCUCGGUCUCUCAGCUCCAGAAGGGUGUGACGUAUCUUGCAAAGAAGGUUGUUAUUGCAACCCUGGGUUUGUCCUGAGCGCCGACCAAUGUGUCCCUAUUGGGAGCUGUGGCUGCGAGUACCAAGGCGCGUACUACAAGAAGGACGAGGAGUUCUACCCCACCGCUUCCUGCCAGCUGCAAUGUCGCUGUGUGAACAAUGGAGUCGUUGAAUGCUGGAACGCCUCCUGUGGGGCCCACGAAGAAUGCCGGGUGGAGAACGGCAUCCAAGGCUGCCAUCCCGUGGGCUGUGGCCACUGCAGUGUGACCGGAGGCUCCCACUAUUUGACUUUCGAUGGGCGAACCUAUGACUUCCAAGGUGCUUGCCGUUACACUUUAGCCGAAAUCCGCGGAAAAAAUUCCCAGCUGGCAAACUUCUCUGUGUUGGUGGAGAAUCAGCAGUCUGACGAUGGGCGUAUUUCUUGGACAAAGACAGUGAUGGUGUCCUUGCACGGGUAUAAAAUCGCACUCGAGAGGGGAAAGAAGUGGCAGGCCCGGAUAGAUGGAGAGAUCUACGCCCUGCCGUUGAGAAAAGAUGAUGGGAAACUCUGGAUCAAUCAGGAAGGGAACAAUAUCGUUGUGCAUUCUGACUUUGGCGUCAAAGUCCUUUUCGAUUCGUCCUCUUACAUCUUAAUUUCUGUGCCCAGCAACUAUCAAGGAUACGUGAACGGCCUGUGUGGCAAUUUCAAUGGAGACAAAACAGAUGACUUCCAUCUACCUGAUGGGAAAACCACCCAGAAUGUGGAUGAAUUUGGGGCUUCUUGGAAGGUUGCUGGUGUCGAUUGCUCAGACGGCUGUGGCGAGAGAUGUCCUGUCUGUGAUGCAACCAAGACCGCACCAUAUCGACCAGAUAAUUCCUGUGGAAUGAUCCAAGCCACAGCGGGCCCAUUCAGAAAUUGUCAUUCAUUGGUGGCCCCUAUCAAAUAUUUCAACCAGUGUCUGUAUGACAUGUGUGCAGCCAACGGGACAGGGCAGACCCUCUGCCAAAGCCUUCAGGCAUAUACAGCUGCAUGCCAAAUAGCUGGGGCUACGGUUGGAGCCUGGCGAACAGACAGCUUCUGCCCUCUCAACUGCCCACCCAACAGCCACUACGAAUUGUGCACCAAGACCUGCGAUUUCACCUGCACCAGCUUGUCCACGCCAGUGCAGUGUGCAAAGAGGUGCUUUGAGGGAUGUCAGUGUGAAAAUGGCUACCUAUUUGCCAGUGAUGAAUGCGUAGCGAUAGAGAACUGCGGCUGUUUGCUUGACGGGCAAUACAUCAAGGUUGGAGACAGCAUUGUCUUGGAUGGCUGCUUGGAGAAAUGUACCUGUGGCACUUCGGGUCAGCUGGUCUGCCAGGAAGCCAGCUGCCAAGUAGGAGAGAUAUGCGCCCUCCGAAACGGUGUGCGUGGCUGCAUAGGAGAGAAAGGCGAGUGCGUACUCACUCCUGGCGCACGGCUGACCUCCUUUGAUGGCACCUCUGGGGAAAUCCGCCAUGCAGGAGUCUAUGAGGUGGCCUCCCAUUGCAAUGAAAGUGACCCUCUCUGGUUCAGGGUCCUAGCUGUUGUCCAGGAAUGCAGCAGCUGGAAUGUGGAUGCUGUGUCAACAGUACAUGUAUUCUUCCGAGGAGUUUUCAUCACUCUGAAAAACGAUAAGGAGAUAUGGGUCAAUGGGCAUCAAGUGCACCUCCCAGUGGCCUCUGAAGAUGUGACCGUGAGCCACUCCAAAGAUGGGGUUUUGAUUGAUUUAGCCUCUGAAGUUCACAUUCUCCUCAGACCUUGUGGGGAAGUGACGGUGCGAGUCAGUGACCAGUUGGAGGGGAAACUGUGCGCCUCCUGUGGGAACUUCAAUGGUGAUGAGCUGGAUGACCUGAAGCUGCCCUGUGGGAAAGUCGCAGGAACCAUUUCUGAUGUCAUUGAUGCCUGGAAGGCCAACGACUUCUCUGGCUGGUGA